CGGCGGCGGCGCGGGCCGCGUGCGUAGCUAUACUCUGCCGUGCGGUAGUGAGCGCCGCCAUGACGGCUGGAUCGCGCGGCCCAUUGCUUGCCAUCGCCCUCUUUGCAGCACUUUACUCAGGAUGGUGUUCAGAAGACGAAGAGCGACUCGUCCGAGAUCUGUUUCGAGGAUACAACAAGCUCAUCCGGCCUGUUCAAAACAUGACACAAAAAGUGGAUGUCCGCUUCGGCCUGGCCUUCGUUCAAUUGAUUAACGUGAAUGAAAAGAAUCAAAUCAUGAAAUCAAACGUUUGGUUGCGAUUGGUAUGGAUGGACUAUCAGCUGAUGUGGGACGAAGCUGACUAUGGAGGUAUUGGUGUAUUGAGACUACCUCCUGAUAAGGUUUGGAAACCCGACAUUGUACUUUUUAACAAUGCCGAUGGCAAUUAUGAGGUGCGAUAUAAAUCUAAUGUGCUGAUUUAUCCAAACGGAGAAGUUUUAUGGGUGCCACCAGCUAUAUAUCAGAGUUCCUGUACCAUCGACGUAACAUACUUCCCAUUCGAUCAGCAAACUUGCAUCAUGAAAUUCGGAUCAUGGACUUUCAAUGGAGACCAAGUGUCACUCGCUUUAUACAAUAACAAAAACUUCGUAGAUCUCUCUGAUUACUGGAAAUCUGGUACAUGGGAUAUAAUUGAAGUCCCUGCCUAUUUAAAUAUAUACGAAGGCAACCAUCCAACUGAAACGGAUAUAACUUUUUACAUAAUCAUAAGGAGAAAGACCUUGUUUUACACCGUCAACUUGAUUCUUCCAACCGUGUUAAUUUCUUUCCUCUGCGUUCUUGUCUUCUACUUACCAGCUGAAGCCGGAGAAAAGGUCACUUUAGGUAUAAGCAUUUUACUGUCACUGGUUGUGUUUCUGCUGCUAGUUUCAAAGAUUCUUCCACCAACGUCCCUCGUCUUGCCACUCAUUGCCAAGUAUCUACUGUUUACGUUUAUCAUGAACACUGUUAGUAUACUUGUAACAGUCAUAAUAAUUAACUGGAACUUCAGAGGACCCAGAACGCACAGAAUGCCACUUUGGAUCCGAAGUGUCUUUUUACACUAUUUACCGGCGGGGCUUCUCAUGCGGCGACCUCGGAAGACACGUCUACGUUGGAUGAUGGAAAUGCCGGGAAUGGGAGCUCCACCUCAACAGCCUCACGACUUGCCAAAGCAUAUAAGCGCAAUCGGAGCUAAACAGAGCAAAAUGGAAGCGAUGGAGUUAUCGGACUUGCAUCAUCCCAAUUGCAAAAUAAAUCGAGCAUCUGGUGGUGGCGGAGAAGUUGGUGCUCUGGGUGGUCUUGGAGCACUCGGCGGCCUAGGACUCGGCGAGAGACGAGAAUCUGAGAGCUCUGAUUCGUUACUCUUGUCCCCUGAAGCCGCUAAAGCAACCGAAGCGGUCGAAUUUAUAGCUGAACACUUGCGUAACGAGGAUCUCUACAUACAAACGCGAGAAGAUUGGAAAUACGUUGCAAUGGUGAUCGACAGGCUACAGCUCUACAUAUUUUUUAUUGUAACAACCGCUGGCACAGUCGGAAUAUUAAUGGACGCCCCGCAUAUCUUUGAAUACGUUGAUCAGGAUCGCAUCAUAGAAAUAUAUAGAGGAAAAUAAGUAUAGUACUACCUAUAAUAUAAUCAGAGCUGCAUACCUAAGGCUAUGUAUUACUAUACCAUGUAUUACUUACUAUACCUACAUAAUUUCUGUUAAAUUACCUCGAAAGGCAGAGAAUUAAUUAAUUCGAUUAGAUAGAGGUACUAGGUAAACAUGUAGGGCAAUAGCCCCAGUUGUAACCACUUUAAGUAUAUCACAGUUUUCCAAAAAGAGUAUUUUAAAACUCCAUAGGACAGGGCAAGUUUUUGUCCACUUUGUUUUUGUAGAGGCGUAUGAGAAUAAUUUUUUUUGUGUUAUUAGUUUUUAAAUAUGAAUGGUGUCAAUUCACUAUUUUUGGCUACGUUUCCCCUUGUUUUGGCCAUACACUGGUAUGGCCAUUUUACCUAAUAUGCAAUGAUUGGUCAAUAUAAUAGGUUUUUUU